CUGCUGCUGUCCAGCUCUGCUCCUCCCUGCUCAGCAAGGGCACUUGCUCUUCCCUAUUCUCACCAGAGAGGCACAAGCGCUCCGUCCCUUCCAGCGGCAGGCGGAGGGAAGAGAAAGGGUCUGUUGUUUUUCUCUCCUCUCCUUGUUUCUCUCUCCCUCUCUGCUGAUCACCAAGCUGCUGACCGGGUCAGAAAGCCCUGAUGGAAAUCCACCGGUGCUGGGCAGACCCCUCCUCCAGGAACCUUGUCCUUGACUAAUUUUUCUUUCUCCCAAUGGGAACAAGAGAAAGAGAAAGGGGAAAAAAGAAAAACCACAAACUUCUUUUGAAAACCAGUUUAGUUAGGGCCUGGCGUGCGCACGCCCAAGACUCAGCCACUCAAGAAUCCUGAAGUCACUCUGAGCCACCACCAGGAGCACCUGGGCUGCACCCCUUCUUGUCCUCACCCUACUGCUGUGCCCCAGUCCGGGGCAUGAGUCCGGAAAUAGCCACAACCCAGCCAGGACGGCCAGCCACGCUUGUAAACCUGUGUCAACCUGUAUAAGCUCUGGAGUUGACAGCUGGGAGGCAGCAGGCACUGGUGGUACUCCUCACUGUCCCCACCUCCCCCAUCAGACUGCCAGAUCCUGGAACUGCACCCGCUUCUUUAAGGAAAGCUGGCUCCACUCAGUGUCUCCAGUCCCACCAGAACCAUCACUCUCAAGCCUAGAAGCCCAAGCCAUCGUUGGUUCCAUCUGGUCCCAAGUUAAAAGUGGAAAGAUCUCAGUCUGAGUCCUGUUUAUACAAGCUAAGAAAGGCUGGUACUACUCGUCACCAGGAGUGCCUGUGCAGACACACUAGCCAGUCUUCCAUACCACAUUCAUUUUCCAAGACUUUUCUCAGUGCCUUUACUUUCUAGUUCAAUGAUCUUCUUCUUAUUGGACAGGUCUAUCUUUUGCAUACCAAGACUGACAUAGGCAAUCGCUUGAGGUUAGGAAACAUCUUCAGCAUCCCUCAGUUGCCUCCCUUCCCAUCAUGGAACACCCUCAACCUGAACAUCUAGCCCCUGAUAAGGCCAGGAAUGCAGAAACAGACACCUGUGAAAAUCACAAGGUCCUAUUGGGACCAGAUGAGCACCUUCAGAAUAAAGAUAGCAGAGAUGCUGAUGAGGAGGCUGGAAAACAGGAGCCAGGAGACCAAGCUUUGCUACCAACACAGAGUGGGGAGAAUCUCGAGUCCCCUCCUCCUGAAGCUAACUCAAGUCAACCUGGGCCAUCCUGUAGCAUGUCACCUGAGAUAGAGACAAUAGGGGCAUGCUCCAGGCCCCAGGAGCUUCCCCAAUCCCCCAGGACCUGGCAGCCUGAGCCAGAUUUCUACUGUGUAAAGUGGAUCCCCUGGAAAGGAGAACGGACACCCAUCAUCACCCAGAGCACUAAUGGUCCUUGCCCUCUCCUUGCCAUCAUGAAUAUCCUCUUCCUUCAGUGGAAGGUGAUGCUGUCUCCCCAGAAGGAAGUGAUCACAUCAGAUGAGCUUAUGGCCCACCUUGGAAAUUGCCUCCUGUCCAUCAAGCCUCAGGAAAAGUCAGAGGGACUUCAGCUUAAUUUUCAGCAGAAUGUGGACGAUGCAAUGACAGUGUUGCCUAAACUGGCCACAGGUCUGGAUGUCAAUGUGCGAUUCACAGGAGUCUCUGAUUUUGAGUAUACACCUGAAUGCAGUGUCUUUGACCUACUAGGCAUACCUCUGUACCAUGGCUGGCUUGUUGAUCCACAGAGUCCUGAGGCUGUGAGUGCAGUUGGGAAACUGAGUUACAACCAGCUGGUAGAGAAGAUCAUCACCUGCAAACACUCCAGCAACCCCAACCUCGUGACAGAAGGCUUGAUCGCAGAGCAGUUCCUGGAGACCACUGCAGCACAGCUGACCUACCAUGGCCUAUGUGAGCUUACAGCAGCUGCCAAGGAGGGUGAACUUAGUGUCUUUUUCCGCAACAACCACUUUAGCACUAUGACUAAGCACAAGAGUCAUUUGUACCUACUGGUCACUGACCAGGGUUUUCUACAGGAGGAGCAAGUGGUAUGGGAAAGCUUGCACAAUGUGGAUGGAGACAGCUGCUUUUGUGACUCUGACUUCCACCUAAGUCAUUCCCUCAGCAAGGGACCUGAAGCAGAAGGUGGGGGUAGCUCCCCAGAGAAGCAGCUGCAGGUAGACCAGGAUUACCUGAUUGCCUUGUCCUUGCAACAGCAGCAGCAGCCACAGGGAAUGCUGGACCUUAGUGACCUGGAGCUGGCCCAGCAACUUCAGCAAGAGGAGUAUCAACAGCAGCAAGCAGUCCAGCCUGCGCAGAUGCGGGCCCUGUCAUCCCAGGGGAGAGGAGCCACAUCAGGACGCCCAGCUGGGGAGCGGCGGCAGAGGCCAAAGCAGGAGUCAGACUGUAUUCUGUUAUAGCUCUGCCCCACUGCCAUUCUGACCUGCCCGCUUCUCUCAGAGACUGUGGUUAGUUUGCUUGCUCCCCUAUCUUAACCCAUGAGAUACAUGGGGUAAUUUAUUUAUGGACUGCUGGGGGUCAGAGCAGGCAGUAGUAAAUUCCAAGGUCAAACUCAGUAAUGUCUUUGCCCUCAUGUGCUGCUGCUGCCUUCUCUUCCUCCCAUCCAUGGCAACACUAGGAUGGGCGGGGUGAAGAUUUCUGGUUCCUAACACCCAGAAUAAUCACAUGAAUAUACAGACUCAGGCAACAGGGUGAGGUCCCUAUCUGGAAUGCAUCUCUCUCUCUAUUCCUGACAGCCUCUGGGCUCCCAGCUACCCAGCACGCUUGUCUCCCUUUGCUUCAGGAUUUGAUUUGGGUUUCUAUAUCUGUUAUUUGUAAUGCCUUCCUAGGGGUUUGGAAAUAAAUUUCUUUCCUGAGA